AGGCAGGAGAAUCGCUUGAACCCAGGAGGCGGAUACUGCAGUGAGCCGAGAUGAUGCCACUGCACACAGGUCUGGGCGACAGCGAGAGACUCCAUCUAAUAAAAAAAAAAAUUUAAAGUUAUUGAUGAAACUUUUAAAAAGUAAUAAAAACCAUACACAUUCAGUGGGAAACCUUCAGCCAUAGAGAAGUGUAGGCAGGGUGCAGCUGAUUGCUCUGUCUUUGGGCAAUUUAGCUUUUAGGCUAGAGGCCACAGAUGGGUAGCCUGGUGCGUACCUAGGGUGUUUUUGUUUGGCUGGCGCAAUAUUUUUUAAAACUGUAAAUUUAUUGCCAGCAUUCUAAAAUGGUGACAUUUCAUAUAAAAUUCAGAUACCUGACUUACCUUAAACAAGCAAAGUAUUUGACCACACUGGGCCUUCUUCCUGCACAGGAUUAUCAGCUUGUGCUGAAUGGUCGCUACCCCAUGUUUUCUCCCUGGCCCUGAGACCAAAGGCCAUUUACUUUUUUUUUUUUUUUUCUUUUUUGAGACAGAGUCUUACUCUUAUCACCCAGGCUGGAGUGCAGUGGCACAGUUUCGGCUCACUGAAACCUCCGCCUCCCAAGUUCUAGCAAUUCUCCUGUCUCAGCCUCCCGAGUAGCUGGGAUUACAGGUGCCCACCACCACGCCCGGCUAAUUUUUGUAUUUUUAGUAGAGAUGGGGUUUCACCAUGUUAGCCAGGCUGGUCUCAAACUCCUGACCUCAGGUGAUCCACUUGCCUCGGCCUCCCAAAGUCCUGGGAUUACAGGCGUGAGCCACUGCAUCUGGCCAGGCCACUUACUUUUUUUUUUUUUUUUUUUUGAGACGGAGUCUCACUCUGUCACCCAGACUGGCGUGCAGUGGCACGAUCUUGGCUCACUGCAAGCUCUGCCUCCCGGGUUCAUACCAUUCUCCUGCCUCAGCCUCCCAAGUAGCUGGGACAACAGGCGCCCGCCACCACGCCCGGCUAAUUUCUUGUCUUUUUAGUAGAGACGGGGUUUCACUGUGUUAGCCAGGAUGGUCUCGAUCUCCUGACCUCAUGAUCCACCUGCCUCGGCCUCCCAAAGUGCUGGGAUUACAGGCAUGAGCCACCGCGCCCGGCCCAGGCCACUUACUAUUUACUGUUGCACUUUUACUCUUAUUUUAAUAGUACAGAAAUAGUGCCGUAUACUCAUUUCUUUCUCACAUAUAGGAAAACAGAAACUACAUGGAGAAAGCCACAUGUUACAGAAAAAUGAAAAAGGGACUAUUUUGUGGCUUGCUUCAUUGAUUUACAUUAACCUGCCUGGCGCUGUGGACACUUCAGUUUGCAUCCGCCUUCUAUACACCUUGGAUAUCUCUCUAAGUUCUACCUUUUUCUUGUGCUCUUAUGAUCCUUUCUCUUUUGUACCCCCCCUGCCUUACCCUACGAUAACCGAAUCAGUUUCUAUGGAGAACUACUGAGCCUUCUGGAGCAACAGAAAGUGUUGAGUCAAACCUGUUUCCUCCACUCCCUCAUUGCUGCACCUUCCAGAGAAGUAAAAAAAUUCUCCCUACCAACUGACUGAUGAUUACAAUUUUUUUUUAAUAGAGAAGCAGAAGUUUUCCUUCAACUGUUAGGUGAUCAAAGGUUUAAAAUACAAAAUACUUUGAAGAAGAUCCAUUAACUAAAAAAUUCAUUCAUUAAUCAGCAGUUAGAGAUUGUGGGAUUAGUGAUAUGCUUUUCUAAAGAGUAGAAAAGUCGAAGAUGUCUAGACAGAACUUAGUGGCUUUGACAGUGACUACCCUUCUGGGUGUGGCUGUAGGGGGGUUUGUCCUCUGGAAAGGCAUCCAGCGCCGCCGAAGGAAUAAAACAAGCCCUGUGACCCAACAGCCACAGCAGAAAGUGCUGGGCAGUAGAGAGCUGCCCCCUCCAGAAGAUGAUCAGCUGCACUCCAGUGCCCCCAGAUCCUCGUGGGAGGAACGGAUCCUUAAAGCAAAGGUGGUGACGGUGUCUCAGGAGGCAGAGUGGGAUCAAAUCGAGCCCUUGCUUAGAAGUGAAUUAGAAGAUUUUCCAGUACUUGGAAUUGACUGUGAGUGGGUAAAUUUGGAAGGCAAAGCCAGCCCUCUGUCACUUCUACAAAUGGCCUCCCCAAGUGGCCUCUGUGUCUUGGUUCGCCUGCCCAAGCUAAUCUGUGGAGGAAAAACACUACCAAGAACGUUAUUGGAUAUUUUGGCAGAUGGCACCAUUUUGAAAGUUGGAGUGGGAUGCUCAGAAGAUGCCAGCAAGCUUCUGCAGGAUUAUGGCCUCGUUGUUAGGGGGUGCCUGGACCUCCGAUACUUAGCCAUGCGGCAGAGAAACAAUUUGCUCUGUAAUGGGCUUAGCCUGAAAUCCCUCGCUGAGACUGUUUUGAACUUUCCGCUUGACAAGUCCCUUCUACUUCGUUGCAGCAACUGGGAUGCUGAGACUCUCACAGAGGACCAGGUAAUUUAUGCUGCCAGGGAUGCCCAGAUUUCAGUGGCUCUCUUUCUUCAUCUUCUUGGAUACCCUUUCUCUAGGAAUUCACCUGGAGAAAAAAACGAUGACCACAGUAGCUGGAGAAAAGUCUUGGAAAAAUGCCAGGGUGUGGUCGACAUCCCAUUUCGAAGCAAAGGAAUGAGCAGAUUGGGAGAAGAGGUUAAUGGGGAAGCAACAGAAUCUCAGCAGAAGCCAAGAAAUAAGAAGUCUAAGAUGGAUGGGAUGGUGCCAGGCAACCACCAAGGGAGAGACCCCAGAAAACAUAAAAGAAAGCCCCUGGGGGUGGGCUAUUCUGCCAGAAAAUCACCUCUUUAUGAUAACUGCUUUCUCCAUGCUCCUGAUGGACAGCCUCUCUGCACUUGUGAUAGAAGAAAAGCUCAGUGGUACCUGGACAAAGGCAUUGGUGAGCUGGUGAGUGAAGAGCCCUUUGUGGUGAAGCUACGGUUUGAACCUGCAGGAAGGCCCGAAUCUCCUGGAGACUAUUACUUGAUGGUUAAAGAGAACCUGUGUGUAGUGUGUGGCAAGAGAGACUCCUACAUUCGGAAGAACGUGAUUCCACAUGAGUACCGGAAGCACUUCCCCAUCGAGAUGAAGGACCACAACUCCCACGAUGUGCUGCUGCUCUGCACCUCCUGCCAUGCCAUUUCCAACUACUAUGACAACCAUCUGAAGCAGCAGCUGGCCAAGGAGUUCCAGGCCCCCAUCGGCUCUGAGGAGGGCUUGCGCCUGCUGGAAGAUCCUGAGCGCCGGCAGGUGCGUUCUGGGGCCAGGGCCCUGCUCAACGCGGAGAGCCUGCCUGCUCAUCGGAAGGAGGAGCUGCUGCAAGCACUCAGAGAGUUUUAUAACGCAGACACAGUCACAGAGGAGAUACUUCAAGAGGCUGCUAGCCUGGAGACCAGAAUCUCCAACGAAAACUAUGUUCCUCACGGACUGAAGGUAGUGCAGUGUCACAGCCAGGGUGGCCUGCGCUCCCUCAUGCAGCUGGAGAGCCGCUGGCGUCAGCACUUCCUGGACUCCAUGCAGCCCAAGCACCUGCCCCAGCAGUGGUCAGUGGACCACAACCAUCAGAAGCUGCUCCGGAAAUUCGGGGAAGAUCUUCCCAUCCAGCUGUCGUGAUAGCUGCUUUCCUCCCAGUUAGCACAGGUGGGAAGCUGGAGCCAAGGUUGAAGAGUCGCCUCUUCCCAUUUUAGUACAUCAUUAAUUGGCAAAGCCUGGGUGACACAACUCAGAAUACUAACCUAGACUAAUCCCAGGAUGUUUCUGCUGGAGCAAAGAUAUUGUUUGAAGGAGAGUUUAUGGUUUUGGAUUUUAAACGGGCAGGGUCUUUUUUCCUCUCUUAUUUUUGUGGACAAGAGAGGCCUUCGCCUUUAUUUUUACUCUCCCUCUUCUGCUGUCCCUGUGCAGAGGAAAAAUGAAGAAUUCUCCCAGAAGUGACUUGUCAAGACUUUAAAAAAAUGUUUUUAAUGCAUUUCUUCCUUGUCUAGUGCCUCGGUUUAUCUCUAACAGGGGCUGUCCAGUAUAUCGGUACCGUUAGGAGGGGAGAAAAAGUUCUUCCAAAGGCUGGAGAUGUGAACAAGGAGUCAAAUUUAUUUUCCCAAUUCAACUUCAUAAUUAUCAUUUCUUUGGCUUCAUACUCUCCCAUAACUCAUGUGGUUGGGAUCCAUCCCAUCUGGGUCACUUCAGUCUACUUCACAUACUUGAAAAGGCUUUCCUUUACACUUCCAGGACCAAACAGCAACUUCCUGCCACACGCUUCCACCCUAUCACUGGGAGAAAUCCUUUUCUGGAAAUGAGCCUUUGACCUGGGUGGGGCAGAAAGAACCACAAACUCCAUCUCCCAAUAGAACUUUGAAAUUCACUCAGCUUUUCCUUUCAUGCUGUUUGUUGCCUGCUUGUUGCACUCCUCCUGCCCCAGAACUGCAAGAUUUUUAGCUUCACCCCUUUCUGAGAGGAAUGUUAUCUUUUAUCAGAAUCAGUAUCAGUUCCCCUGUAUUCUGUGCUUCAUCGAAUUUGCAAGACUGACCUCUUUUAAGCAUUUAAUUCACUCCCAGAGUCAUCUGGUCAGGUUGCAAUAUGAGGACUUCUCUGUCUCCUCUGAAGCCUGGGACACUGAGCUUACUUAAUACAUUAGAUGUUCAAAAGAGGAGUGUUGUUUCAUCUUUCAAAAUGUUAGGCCAUCACUUUUCUGAGUAUAAAAUCGACUUAUUAAUGAUUAGUAAUUUUUCUAAAGUAUUGGGAAAACUUUCUUAUUUUAUAAGAUCUUAACAAGCUUAAAAAAGAAUUUUAUGACCAGAAUCCAACAAGAGCUCUAUUUUGGAAUUGUGCCCAAGUUGGUGAUGUUUACUCUAAAAUUGAUAAUAAAUCUACUUGUAAGCACAA